AUGUCACAUUGUGUCGACAUCAGAGUUGUUUAUCUCGGAGUUACAGCUGUUAUCGAGUGCCAGACAUUGUUUGAUAAGUUGUUGCCAUCUCACAAUGCUCCUUCUGCUUCUGAUUUCUCUGUUGCUCCAACAGCAGACGCAGUUGUUGUAACUCAAAACGUUUUCUUGCUAUUAUCAGAUUUCUUAGGAAAACUGAUCAAAAAAUGUGGAGAUGAACGUUCAAUUUUGAGUGAAAUGAUUGCACAAGUUGGAACAUGGUUAUGCAACUCAAAUUCCGUGUUCUAUGACCCUGCAAUACACUCUGUUUAUUGCUUGUUCUUGAAUAAUGUUUUCAAUGAAAUGGUCAGUAAAUUUGAGGAACAACACAUCCCUGUAAUUUACGCUGAUCAAUCAAGAAUUAUUGUUAACAACGGAGACUUCCCAUUGGCAUCAGCCAUCAACGCUGUAAAUCAGAAUCAGCUCACAAACAGAGUUGAUUUCCUCGAGAUUUCAAGUUUCGACAAACUCGUUUGGAUUGACAAUUAUAACUAUCAUUGCAUCGCAAACGGAGAAAUCUCUUACGAAUGGAACAUCGCAAACUUCAUUGGUGUUUCAUUCAGAGAACAAUUACAGCGCUAUUUCACAAAAUUCUUGGAAGCUGAAAACAUUUAUCGUUUCAUCAGAGAAAAAGGAAUGGAUAUGAUGUUUGAAAUAACAAACAUCUACAAAUCCAAACAAGGAGUUGAAGAAAUAUUCCAGAAUCCACUCAGAUCUCCUCAUGAUAUCACUAAAUCUGAUGUUUUGGUCCUUCUUAACACAAUUUUCGCUGCAAUGGAAAAUUUGAAUGAUGAAAACGCUGGUUGUGAAUGUCCAGAAAGUGGCGAAAACGUGUUGAGAAAGAUCAUUUUGGGAACAAAGAGAAAUGUUUUGAUGUUGUUAGGUGUCAGUGAUCAUGAUCCACGCGCCAAAUUCGUUGAUCCAUCAUUACAUUUGUAUAUCCUUUCUGUUCUUUGCAAACAUUGCUUACAUACAACAAAUAUCGACAUUUUGCGUGACCAGAAUUGUUUGCAAGGCAAUUUCUUGUGUCCUAUCUGCAAAGCUGUCUACGAUACAGAAGUAAUCGAAAGAUGGCUCUUCGAGGAAUCCUGCAGAAAGAUAGAACAGUUCCAGAUGCAAGACUUGGCUUGUCCGAAAGGCCACGUCGCUCAUAGAAAGAUGCCAAUGAGCUGCAAAGAUGACGGUGGAAACCUCGGAAACACUGUCAAUAAGGAUGAGAUUAAUGAAUACCUUCAUACUGUUGAAGUAGCAGCAAAUGAAGUCGGACUUGGAAGUUUGAGAGAUACAAUCUCUUACAUUUUGAAUUUCACCAAGUAA